CGGAAAAUAUUACGAUAGAAACUAUUGUAUCACAAAACACCACACGACAGCAAAGUGAUGAAGUCAUAGCAAUGCAAGACAACUCUCUGCAGUAUUUGGCCGAAUAUAUGGUUGGAAAAUUUCCGUAUCGUGUGCUUGUGCUGCCAAGACAAGGUUCACAGAGGUCACUAGUAGAGCACAUCCAAUGGACACUACUAUAGACGAACCUUCACCCAAAGAUCCUACAAUGGAUACGGUAUUAUUGUCCGACACAAGGAGACCAAUUGUCAACGAUGUCAUUGCAAGUACUGCAGGUGAACAGUCCUGACCGUGUCUGGAUACAACAGCUGGCUGAGUACCCAGAGCAUGACCUGGAGGAGCUAUCAGUUGCCAUGACCACCAGUGACUCCAACACUAUGAGCAGAGGCGAGUUGAUGGUUGGACUGUAUUAUGCUGUGCUUGUGAGUGUUGGAGGCACUCAAGAGAGAGAAGAGGAUGGCUUCUACAGGAGAGCUAGAGUGACAGAGGUCAAUCGACCACACUACAUUGGACAGGCUACACUGGAGCUGAUAGAUUGUGGCUCAACGAUGCACAGUGUGUCACUCCUCUACAAGCUCCCCCACGGACUGAGAGUGGGCGUGGUCCCUCCCCACGGCUAUUGACGGCCUCUACUCAACAUUCAAUCACGGAGAGGAAUGGUUCCCACUGGACAAACAGCUACUAUGGAAACACCUACGACACAAAAUGGUGUUUGCCAAGGUUACCAGGAAACCAUCCGGGCUACAAGUUGGUGUCGUCGAUAUCUACUAUGAUCGUGUUGGCAAGAACAGAGUAACUAACCUGCUCCUCACUAAAGGAAGAACUAUACCUCAGCUCCACCUCUCUGCUAGCUAAGACCACACCCACACCUCAAACCACCCCCUCACAAGCAGUAACCACUCCCCCACGAUCAUUACUAUCUCGGCUCAGUUACCUACUAAAGAAAUCAAAACAAUUCAUGACCCUCAAAACAGAAACUAUUUGUGCACUAAAGAGACAUCAUCAAUGUCAGCUGUACUAGCACCGACAAACUUGUUUAAUGGUGUCAAAGUGUCUACUUGUGAGAAAGGAGAUUGUAAGGAAGCUGCCAAUUUCUGGUAUCAAGAUGCCCCUCUGGAGAGAGCCUCGUUAAGCGGGAAGGACUCCUGGUGUAACGAGUCUGAUGAGUGCUGUCAUAGCGACCCACGUCGUCUGAGCAGCAAGUCCCUAGUGUUGACAAGUGAUUAUCAUUUGAAAACUGAAGAUGAUGACUGGACUAGCUAUUAUAGCCUAACUGCAAUUAUUAUCUGUACUGUAUAUAUGACUGUGAAGAAGU